CACUGAAAACCUAUCUGCCUUCGUUUAGCUUUUUAACCUGGUUUUGCCCGCCUGCUCUUCCAGGAGACCGCUCUGAUGGCAGAUCCUUCGGUGGUGGAUCACCUGACAAGACUGAAGCUCAAACUCCUGGAAAAGAGACUCCAAAAUGAACAGGAGAACCUGGAGAAGAUGGAGUCAUUUCUCCCAGCUGCAAGUAAGAGAACAGAGAGCAUAACAACACCGCCUUGCCUUCCUGUGACCGGGUUUUCUUUAAGAAGAGGCUUGAUUUUGCAGGAGCAGCACCUUCUGGAAGAGCUUUCACAGCCACCUGCAGCAGCUGGAGGGCACUUCCACAGAGCUGUCCCCCCACAAGUCUACCAGAUCCCUUUUCCAGCUCCCCAAGUGGAGCCACCAAGGAUUAUCCAGCAGACGAUGCCACCUCAGCCUGCCACCAUCAUCCAGCAGCUACCUCAGCCACCCCCUCUGAUCACACAGGUCCCUCCUGCCCAGCCCUUUGCAGCCCCCCGCUCUGGAAGCAUCAAGGAAGACAUGGUGGAGAUGAUGCUGAUGCAGAACGCUCAGAUGCACCAGAUCGUGAUGCAGAACAUGAUGCUGAAGGCUCUGCCGCCGGCGGCGUUCGCGCAGCCCACGGGGGCCAGGUCUGCCCCGCCCCAGCACACGCAGCAGGACCUGCAGCUUGCUGCUCCCCUGGCUGUGAGAGCAGACCGUCCCAGGCCACCCGUGGUGCACCACCACCACCACUACCCUCCCACAGGGGUGCUCCCAGUGCCUCCCAGGGGCUUCCCAGCCCCGUCCCCGGCGCAUCACUGGACCUGGACGUAG